AUGCUUGACGGCAGUUAGCCACUUCCUUUCACGCCGGCGCCCUGUACGGGGAUUUUUCUCCCAAGUACACCGGGCCCAUUUAAGCCAUUUUAGCGUGUCACAUCGGAUACGGUCAUGGCCAAGUUCAACGCGCCCGUGAUUCAGGACAACCCGUCGGGAUGGGGUCCCUGCGCCGUGCCGGAGAAGUUCAAGGACAUGCCUUACCAGCCCUUCAGCAAAGGAGACCGCCUGGGAAAGGUCGCUGACUGGACUGGAGCAACUUACCAGGACAAAAGAUACACCAACAAGUACUCGUCCCAGUUCGGAGGCGGUAGCCAGUACGCGUACUUCCACGAGGAGGACGAGACCAGCUUCCAGCUGGUGGACACAGCCAAGAUGCAGAAGACAGCCUACCAGAGGAACCGCAUGAGGUUCGCUCAGAGGAACUUGCGCAGGGACAAAGACCGCAGGAACCUGACGCAAUUCAACAUGCAGACACUGCCCAAGAGUGCCAAGCAAAAGGAGAGGGAUCGAAUGCGCCUGCAGAAGAAGUUUCAGAAACAGUUUGGCGUUCGUCAGAAGUGGGACCAGAAGUCUCAGGCUCAGCUGAAGCCUCGAGAUUCUUCAGUGGAGGUCCGCAGCGACUGGGAGGUGAAGGAGGAGAUGGACUUCCCGAGACUCAUGAAGAUGCGAUACAUGGAGGUGGCGGACCCCGUAGACAUCGAGUGCUGUGGCGCCUUGGAGUACUACGACAAAGCCUUCGACCGCAUCACCACUCGCAACGAGAAGCAGCUGAAGAGCAUCAAGCGAAUCUUCCACACCGUCACCACCACCGACGACCCCGUCAUCCGCAAGCUGGCCAAGACCCAAGGCAAUGUGUUCGCCACCGACGCCAUCUUGGCCACCCUGAUGUGCUGCACGCGUUCAGUCAACUCCUGGGACAUCAUCGUGCAGCGGGUGGGCAACAAGCUCUUCUUCGACAAGCGCGACAACUCUGACUUUGAUCUGCUGACUGUGAGUGAGACGGCCAACGAGCCGCCGCAGGACGAGGGCAACUCCUUCAACUCCCCGCGGAACCUGGCCAUGGAGGCCACCUACAUCAACCACAACUUCAGCCAGCAGUGCUUGCGCAUGGGCGGCGAGCGCUACAAGUUCUCCGCCAGCAACCCCUUUGUGGAGGAGGACAUGGACAAGAGCGAGGUGGCAUCUGUUGCCUACAGGUACCGCCACUGGAAGCUGGGCGAAGACAUUGACCUGAUUGUCCGCUGCGAGCAUGACGGCGUGAUGACGGGCGCCAACGGGGAAGUGUCCUUCAUUAACAUCAAAACCCUCAACGAGUGGGACUCCAGGCAUUGUAACGGUGUAGACUGGCGCCAGAAGCUGGAUUCUCAGCGAGGUGCGGUUCUGGCCACCGAGCUGAAGAACAACAGCUACAAGUUGGCCCGUUGGACCUGCUGCGCCAUGCUGGCCGGCUCGGAGUACCUCAAACUGGGCUACGUGUCCCGCUACCAUGUGAAGGAUUCCGCCCGCCACGUGGUUCUCGGCACCCAGCAGUUCAAGCCCAACGAGUUUGCCAGCCAGAUCAACCUGAGCAUGGAGAAUGCCUGGGGCAUCCUACGCUGCGUCAUCGACAUCUGCCGCAAAUUGGACGAGGGCAAGUACCUCAUCCUCAAGGACCCCAACAAGCAAGUCAUCCGCGUCUACAGCCUGCCCGACGGAACCUUCAGCUCCGACGAAGAGGAGGAUGAAGAGGAGGAUGAAGAGGACGAGGAGGAAGAAGACGAAGAGAACUGAAGGAUGGCGCCUGGUGACCAAAACAACCUGCCCCACCCACACACACACACACACACACACGCAUUUAAUUUCCCAAUCAAUAAAAUCCAAUUGGCCUAAA